CAACACAUGGAAAAGAACCAUACUCGAUCCAUCUUGAAAACCAAAUUCUGGAUCUCUGCUUAGCUUUCUUUCUUUAUCUAUUUAAUUUAUUCAAUUUUCCUAAUCUUCGUAUGAACUCCACUUAAAACGUUGAACAUUUUAUUUCUGGAAAAAUAUAGUUUUAAACCCAAGUUUAAUCGAUUGACAAAUUUAAAGACAACCCCACUUCUUGCAUUCCAAUUGUAAAGAUACCCAUUGGCUUGUUAGAUCCAAUUUAGUUCAGAAAUGAUGGGUUUUUGGAUCGUGGAUUUGGGUGUAGAUCUUGGGUGGAUUUUGGUGUGAGAUGGAUAUUGGUUUGAAAUUUUGGGUACCCAUUUCAAGAAAUAAUUACUGUGCUUUAAAUUUGCGCCUGUUUGAUGGGACUUGAUUAGUAUUGCAAUUGCUUUAGAGUUCAGUUGGGUCAUUUUUUGGACUAGAUUUUUCUUGCUUUUUGUGUGCGAGAAGAAAAGAGAAAACAAGAAGGAAACAUGUUUUGGAGGGAACGUGAGAUGGAGAACAAAGAGCUUAAUGGAGGACCUCCUUGUGGGCAGAUUAGAGUUCUUGUCGUUGGUGAUUCCGGUGUGGGGAAAACUUCUCUUGUUCAUCUGAUUGUUAAAGGUUCAUCCACUGCUCGCCCUCAUCAAACUAUUGGAUGUACAGUUGGUGUGAAGCAUACAACAUAUGGUUGUCCUGGUAGCUCUUCAAGUAGCUUAAAAGGGGAUGCUGAGAGAGAUUUCUUCGUUGAACUCUGGGAUGUGUCAGGACAUGAGAGAUACAAAGGUUGCAGAUCUCUAUUUUAUUCACAACUUAAUGGUGUAAUAUUUGUUCAUGAUCUUUCUCAAAGGAGAACAAAAACAAGCCUUCAGAAGUGGGCAGCUGAAAUUGCGGCUUCUGGCACAUUUUCAGCACCUCUAGGUUCUGGAGGUCCCAGGGGACUUCCUGUUCCAUUUAUUGUUAUUGGUAACAAAGCUGAUAUUGCUUCUAAAGAGGGUACAAGAAGUAGCAGUGGCAAUCUUGUUGAUGCAGCUCGUCAUUGGGUUGAGAAACAGGGUUUGCUUCCCUCUAGCGAGGAGCUUCCACUGACUGAGAGUUUUCCUGGUAGUGGAAGCCUUAUUGCAGCUGCCAGAGAUGCAAGAUACGAUAAGGAAGGUGUGAUGAAGUUUUUCCAUAUGUUGAUCAGGAGAAGAUAUUUUUCAGAUGACUUACCAACCCCAAAUACAUGGUCCGCAUCUCCUGUUCAGAGAACCUCUCAGCGUUUAGAUGAAAAUUCCAGUGAUGAUGAACAGCUGUACAAGGGUACAAGUUUAAGUGGUGACCCUUACAAGUACAACAUCCUUCCUCCUCUACCAGCACAGCGCAAUCUGACUCCACCGCCCACACUUUACACUCAACAGCCUGUUUCCGUGACAGAGAAUUACAGCCUGCCAAGAUUCUCCUUUACAGGCUCCCAAGAAAUCAGCGGCAGCAGCAGAUCAAAGCGUGCAGAUAUUAGUGUCUGAUAUUGGAUAUUAUUGUUGUUUGCUACUACAUUCAUUUUUCCCAUAUUCGUUAUGCUUGGCAUGCCGAUUCCUUUAUAUCACUUGUAUGGGGUUUCUGGGUUGGGUUUCGCAGUUUUACUGGAUGAAUGUAUAAAUAUUGAUUGCUUUCCCCAAUAUAUAGCCCAUUCUUUCCUA